CAGAUAUUCUCCGAAUGCAAGAUAUCGUGGUGGCAUGCUAAACUCGUCUUGAUUUUAUUCAUCUUAACGACUGUUAACAUUUGUAACGUUUUUAAUAGCUUUUUUAAUAGAAUAUUAUCUUAUUACGCCAUGGUGUGCGCCUGGCUAGGGCUAUUCCCAUAGAAUAUAAUCAAUUCUAUGUCUAUGGCUAUUCAAACAGGGAGAACGCUGCCAGCGAUAGUCAAAUUGUUUGCUGAGCUGAGACGAAAAUGUAGGAUGUGUCCCAGGAUUGAACGGUUUUGGUUAUGGCUAAACGGAUUCUAUUGCUCUACUCUGCUUAAACGCGCCUUCUGGCGUUUAAUUAUACUCCCCAUACAUGCCUGGAGAUUGAUCAUCCCAAAUUGUCCUCCUGAUCAUUCAGAACUCAUCCAGGACACCAACGAGUACUACUGCGAGUACGACUCAACAUGGGAGGAUCCAACAAGUGAAGAAACAAGUCGUAAGAGAACCAACAAUUACACCAUUCGGUCAACAAGGCAGCAAGAUGAUAGGCAUAUGCCUAAUUUACAGUUCUACCUUGGACAGAGGGCCUCCUCCCCUGAUGGUAUCUACAUUGAGGACUUUCACAAUAACUGGUUGUUCCCUCUUCAAGAACGAGGAAUGAAUUAUCGAGCCAAAGAACUCACCAAGAAGGAAAUUGAGGCUUUCCUUCAAGAUGAAACUGCGAAGAAGAGGCUGGUCAAGUCAUACAAGCUCAUGCUGGACUUCUACGGCAUCCAGCUGUCAAAUGACUCAUCAGGGGAAGUGCGAUGUGCUGAUAACUGGCGUGACAGAUUUGACAACCUGGACAGAAAUACUCACAACAACCUGUGCAUCACCCGCAUCCUGAAGUGCCUGGGCACUCUGGGGUUCCCCCACUACCAGGCCCCACUCGUCCACUUCUUCCUGGAGGAAACUCUUGUCAAAGGCAACCUGUACAAUGUGAAGGAGAGCGUGCUCAACUACUUCAUUUCCGCUGUCAUUGUUCAGCAACAACGCAAGGAAUUAGUUGAGUAUGCCUAUAAGCUCUAUGAGGUCAAACAUCAGUUUGUCGUGCCCUAAGAAGAUCAAGUGUACAUUUAGGGAAGGGACAUUCCCACAUAAUAAGAACCCAAUUGAUCUGAAACCAGAUCCGAAACAGAAUGGC